GGCUGGCUAGAUCAAAGAUAUAUCUUUGCAGAGGCAAGAGUAUACCACUAUUGAUAGAGGUAAACUGAAGACAUGAAUUAUUCAGCUCCUCUUCUCCUCAGGAGCAGAUGUGUCCACCAUCAAGCUGUGUGGAGCAAAGCAAGACCUCUAUUCAGAGAAGAGACCUCACCAAAUCAGAGGCAAAGAAACUCAGCAGGUUCAAGCGCUAGCGUUGAAAAAUCAAGCAAGAAACACUCAAAGUUUGAUUUCAAAAACAAGAAGCUGGUUCGGAACAAACCCAAUGACAAAGCUGCAGAUGAAGGAGGUGUACUAGAUAAAUCAAAUAUGAAUAUAAGAAAGCGAUUUCGAAAAACUGAUGUAGAAAUCAAUGAAGUGACAGCUGAGAAGAUGGUCCUGUAUAAAGAUCGAGACAUUAUAGCCCUGAACAAGCCCAGUGGUAUAGCCGUCCACAGUGGCCCCAAGAUGAAGAAUGACUUGUCUCAUUACCUACAUUACUGGCAGGAGAGUGGGCAUGAACUACCUGAGCUGGCACAUCGCCUUGACAAAGACACGUCAGGAGUGCUCCUGCUGACUCGCCAUACUGACGCUGCUCGGAGACUGGCUCAGCUGUUCAAAGAGCGAGGGAUUGUCAAAAAGUAUUGGACAAUCACUUUUGGAGUUCCAGACCAUUUGGAAGGUGUGAUUCAGAUUCCAUUGUCUACUAGAAACAUUGCAGCUAACGGGAACAUGACUAGGGUAGUGCUACGAGUGGAUAAGAUGGCCGCCCACAACCCCUCAACUGUGGGGAAGACGUUACCAGGAGGAGUCGCUAUGGCCGAGACUGAGUACUCUGUGCUCAGUGUGUGCUCUCUGGCUCCAAAGAGAUGUUGUCUCAUGGAGGUCACUCCUGUCACAGGAUUCAAGCACCAGAUACGAGUUCACUUAGCGGACGGUCUGACGUGUCCCAUCCUAGGAGACCACAAGUUUGCCGGCCCAGUCCUCAGAGCCUCUCCUAACCUCAAGAAGAGAGUGGAGGCCAUCAGUAAGACCAGUCACCUGCACCUUCAUGCUAGGGAGAUAGUGAUUCCCGGGUACCUGGCGUCAACGGGGAAGCCCCUAGUCAUUAAGGCUCCACUCCCAGGAUAUUUCAUAAAGACUUCGAAAGAACAAGGAUUGCAUGUAAAUGUGUCAUAA